AUAGAUCGAGCUAACUACUGGAAAGGUAUUUUGGGACUGCACAGGGAGGGGGGUGAUGUUGAACAUAGGGGGGCAUACAUGAUUGGGUUAGGAAACUGCACCCCUGCUCACCCCAGGUAGGUAGACGAUUCCCACUAUUUUUGGUUGUUCAACUUGUCACUCUUCAACAGCAGGAUAUUUCAAAUUGGCAUGUGGGGUUGGGUUCACACAUGAAGCCACCAGAGACAGAGCCUCGUUGCAGCCCAUUUGGACUCAAGUGCCAAGCUGAGCCUUGUCCCACUCAGGUGCUUUUUGUUUUUGUCUUGCAAUGAGCCUGAACCGAGCAUGGUCUUUGGUGCUCUUGCCCGUGCUGGUGGGUGCGAGUGAAGCAGCAGGUGCCAACGUGACCGUGUCAAAUGCAACGAGCAAUCAGAUCGCUUCUGGGUGGACCAACUGGGUCUUUUGCAGCUGCGGUGUCACUUGUGCGAACUCCUCUUGGCCCAUGUUGUCGAUGUUCAUGGGCCAGUCCUGUGAGUGUACUCCUUGUCCGGGAAGUCCAGGGAAGCGUUUGAGAGGAAGUGCCCACCAGGGUCACCAUGGUGAAACACCUGUGGACCAUCCCGCGGACACCAGCUUUGCAAGCUUCGUGGGCCCCCACGACCUGUGGGACGCCACCGGCCCACACGACGCGACCAGCACGGCGCUCUACUGCCGAUGCGGCAGGAAAUGCGAUCUGGGGGGAUACGUCCCCGCCAUGGCGACGGGGAUCGGUGGAGGCCUCAGCUACGCGUAUCGUUGCUAUCGCUUCAGCUGCUUGCCAUGCCGAUGAAGGCCGUACCUGAGAGCUGUACAGUCAGCCGCUGAUGGCUGAGGGCCUGACCUCGCAUGCGACGGCUCGUGUGCAUGUGUUGUUGAGGUCACGCGUCGCGCUCUGCGACGUGGAGGUGGGAAUUUGUUUGGAGCUGUGUGGAAGCACAGCAUGUACAGAGGUGAGGCUGUCUUGUCCAACGCCAGAAUGUCGCGCAUCAUGGACUUGAUAAAAAGGACAAACCGCAGCCGAUA